GAAUGGGAAAGUUCAAAAUCAAAUUUAUCAUUUGAUCACGACCUAGAAUGACUCCAAGUCACGCGGGAGACACAGUUCGAACAUUCGAACACGGUUCACGUUUCGAAAGCGAGUGACGCGAAUUUUCCGGAACACCGAUUCGAAACAGAAGACGCCGUUAAUCGGUAAUGGUAGCAUCUUAUGUUUACCAAAAACUUUGGUGUGACAAACAAUUUGUCACGCCACAUCGGCAGUGUACCCUGUACCCUGAGGUUUAAAAUGUAGCGAAGCAGCAAGCUCUGGUUACAUUACUAAAAGCGCAAUGGUCACGUGGGCACAACAAGUUUUGUUUAUUUUCAUUUGUGUCAUUCUGGUCUCCUUCCCGUCAACAUGUUCGGCUGACGACAACAAUGCGCCUCUACCGUACGGAGAUCUCUUCACUAAGGAGGAAGGCCACUUCUUCGGUCCUGACUUUAUAGUGGCGUACAACAGCAUAGACGCAGACGAGUGUGCCCGCCGCUGUCUGCAAGGUUACGGCAGUUACGACAGCGUCAACCCGCCAUGUCUGUCCUUCAACCAUCGCCCCGCGGGAUCGCCAGAGGGCGGCAGCGCACGGUGUUGGCUCCAUAGUAGUAACGCGGACACGGCGGUACUGAGCUCUGAGUGGGACAACUGGCCUCAUCGAAAUUACUACCAGAGGAAAGCUCAUCUAUCGUACGAAGAACUCUUCACUAAGGAGGAAGGCCACUUCUUCGGUGAUAAUCCUGACUUUAUAGUGGCGUACAACGACAUAGACGCAGAAGAGUGUGCCCGUCGCUGUCUCAAAGGUUACGGCAGUUACGACGGCGUCAACCCGCCAUGUCUGUCCUUCAACCAUCGCCCCGCGGGAUCGCCAGAGGGCGACAGUGCACGGUGUUGGCUCCGUAGUAGUAACAAGGACAAGGCGGCGUCUCCGGGUUCUGAGUGGAACAAGUGGCCUCACCGAAAUUACUACCAGAAGAAAGGCUACGCCCACCACCAUGCCUCCUCAUUACAAGGUGCGAUAGAUCGUCUGAAUGAAGUCCAUGCAGCUCAUCCCCAUCUUGAACAGUUGUGUGUCUUCGCUAAGUGCACUUACGAGCAAGUAACACACUUACUUCCAAACCUGCACGAAGUCAAUUCCUACUGGUCGGAUCUGGCCUGCUAUAAGUAUUCCAGGUCAUGCAGGGUCGAUGGACAGUGGUCGGAGUGGGGUCCGUGGAGCGACUGUUCAGUAGGCUGCGGACAGGGCUCCAAUGUCCGCCGACGGAACUGUAGCGACCCGGCACCGCGGAAUGGCGGCUGGAGGUGUGCCGGCAAGCCUGUGGAGAUCAAAGAGUGCACACAGAACAAGAAAUGUUCCUCAGGAAGUAUGUACGCUACUAGGAUGUUAUACUAAUACAAUAGACGCCGUUUAAUUGUACACCCCAUUCUCUCUCUCUCUCUCUCUCAUUCUCUCACUCUCUCACUCUUUCUCUCUCUCUCUCUCUCUCUCUCUCUCAGUCUCUCGCUGUCUCUUUCUGUCUCUCUCUCUCUGUC